AUGGAUAACAUAUACCAGUGUGAACGUUGCGGAUUCUGCUGCAACUACAUUCAGAACCUUCGUCGGCACAUGAAAAUACACGGAGAGAAGAAUUUGACGUGUGACCUGUGCUCGUAUUCGUGUCGCCUCCCUCAGCAUCUCCGGAGGCACCAGAAGCUCAUCCACAGCUUCAAUCCAGAGACCCCCCUCUUCGUUUGCGCCUCUUGCGCAUUCGCAACGCCCAGUGCCAAGGCGAUGGGCCUCCACUGCGUACAAGUCCACAAAAACAGCAAACCCUGGCCAUGCUCGAGGUGUGAAUAUACGGCCCGGUCUCGCGGCAUCAUUCGACAGCACGAGCAACUCGUUCACGAUAAAGAGCGGCCCUUCACAUGUGAAGCGUGCGGCACCACAGCUCCCACGCGUCGUGUACUUCAAAUUCAUCAGACAAUCCACAGUUCAGAUCCGAAGCCAUACUGUUGUGAUCAGUGCCCAUACGCUACGAGAUUCCUCAGCAAUCUUACGAAACACAUGAUCGUUCACACCGACGUAAAGCCUUUCGAAUGCACAGACUGUGAGAAAAAAUUCGCUCGGAAGUCGAACCUCAAAAGUCAUAUGAAAAGGGACUCUUCUUGCGAUUCGUAUAAUUCUCAAAUGAAGAUUGAAAUCCAAAAACACGCUUCUCAUCAAACGAGAGUUUUGCACUUCAUGUGCCUCCGCAUAGAAGAUUUGAUUCCGCCUAGCUAUCUCCCAAGGAGCCAGGCAUGA